AUGUCACUGGUGAAUAAACGCAGUACAAUGGAACAGUUUAUUACAGCAUUCAUUGAAAUGGAUAAAGAUCACAAUGAAAUGAUUGAUCGACAAGAAUUAGUCAGAUACUGUCAGCAGAAUCGAAUGGAUAUGAAGCAAAUUGAUUCAUGGAUUUCAAGGUUCGAUACAGACAAAGAUGGUAAAGUCAGUUUGGACGAAUUUUGUCGUGGACUCGGUUUGAAACAGUCAGAAAUACGUCAUCUAAGAGACGAAAUGAAACGCGCCAAAGAUGGAAAGGUACCUGAUCUCCCCAAUGAUAUUGAAAUUAUUGCAUCAACUAUGUCAACGAGUAAACAGCACGAAAUCUGCAGUAAGUUUAAAGAAAUCGCUGGCAGUACCGGAAAAACUGGCAAUGAAAUGAGAGAGGUGACCAGUAAACUGAAAUCAUAUUUGGAUUCACAACAUGGUCGUGUCUGGCAGGUCGUCAUAUUAACUGGUUCAUACUGGAUGAAUUUCUCGCAUGAACCAUUCAUGUCGAUUCAGUUUAAGCACAAUAAUCAUGUUUGUCUUGUGUGGAGAACACCGUGUUAA